AUGGUGACCGGAGUUGCAGUCUACGUUAUAAACACCACCCAUUACCUCCACCAUUUGCCACCACCACCACCUUUCGUCGACACCACCCGCCACCAACCUCCGCCGACCACCACCACCGCUGUCCUCCGCCACCCGCCGCCACCGCCAUCGACCACCAUCGCUGCCACCCGCCAUUGUAAACCACCGCCACCCCGACCAUUACCGCCACCCUCCGCUGCCACCACCCGCUACCGUCGACCACCACCACCCACUGUCAUCGUCGCCAACACCACCUUUCGACACCAUCAUCGACCACCAUCGUCGCCACCCGCCACCACCGACCACCGCCACCCCGACCACUACCGCUAUCCUCUAUGGUCACCUCCCGCCACCCCGACCACUACCGCCAUCCUCCACGGCCACCUCCCGCUACCGUCGACCACCACCACCCACCGUCGACGGUAG